AUGACUUAUACCUUUCCGGUGACUCGAAGGCUGGGGCUGGACCAAGUCCAUCACUCGGCUCGGCCCCUGUACCGGCUGAGCGGCCCGUCGGGCAGCGCUUCGGUGAUGCUAAAGCAACCGGCGGUGGUAAGACUCGAUGCAUCACCAUACCGGGAUCGAAAAGACCGAAACCCCGAUCGGGUCCCAGGGACAUGUGGCUGGUUCGUGUCUCACGAGCUCUUUCGAGAAUGGCAAGCGAGCAAGUCGUCAAGAAUGCUGUGGGUGUCCGCGGAUCCCGGAUGCGGAAAGUCGGUUUUGGCAAAACAUCUGGUCGAUUCUAUUCUUCCGACCACAGAAUCGAGAACCACAUGUUACUUCUUCUUCAAAGACGACUUUGAGGACCAGAGGAGUGUGGUCAGCGCUAUCCGCUGUAUUCUACGCCAGCUUUUCAUCCAGAGACGCAUUCUGCUCUCCGAUAAGAUUCUCGACCAUUUCGAAGUCGGCGGAGAAACGUUGAGCAGCUCAUUUGGCGAGCUUUGGGACACCCUCAUCAACGCCGCAGAAGACCAGAAUGCCGGCGAAAUUGUCUGCCUCCUCGAUGCAGUCGACGAAUGCGAAGAACAAGGAAGGUCUCAGCUUGCCAAAGCGUUGUGCAAACUAUACGGCAGUAGGAGGAACUUCAAUUUGAAGUUUCUCUUGACAAGCCGUCCCUAUGCUGGGAUUUCUCUCGGCUUCCGGCCUCUCGAGAUUCCGGGGCUGCCCGUCAUUCAUCUGAGUGGGGAAGACGAUGUUGAGAUGGCCAAGAUUUCCCGAGAGAUCGACGCUUUCAUCAAAGCCAGAGUCCACGAUAUCGGGGUGCGGCGGAGGCUUACACUUGACGAGCAAGAGCUUCUAUUGCAAAAGCUUAUGCGUGUUUCUAACAGGACAUAUUUAUGGGUACACCUGACGCUGGACUUGAUCGAGAGCGACAUCGAUAUCGACAAAACCGGAAUAGUCGAGGCCACUUCUCACCUCCCCAAAACCGUUGAGGAAGCAUACGACAGGAUACUCUCAAAAAGUCGCGACACCGAAAAGGCAAAGAAGAUACUGCAUAUCAUUACUCAUCGAUCCUAUGGUGACCUCGAUCUCAAACCCGAAGACCGUUUCCGUGACAGCGUACGAGACAUCUGCGGGCUCUUCGUGACGAUCAUCGACUCGAGGAUCUACCUGCUCCACCAAACUGCGAAGGAAUUCUUGGUUCACGACAAAGAAUAUUCUCCCAAAGCCGCCCACACGCAUCUCAAAUGGAAACACUCGCUUCUGCCACGAGAGUCCCAUCGCAUUCUUGCCAAGAUCUGCAUCUGGCACCUGCUACUUGUCGAAUUCGAGACCCAUCCUCUAGACGAAAACGGGCUACUAUCCGAGUACCUUGAGGACCAUAUCUUCCUUGACUACUCUGCCAGACAUUGGGCGUCUCACAUCCUCGGGUCAGAAAUUGAGACACAAGACGCACUUGCCCAAUCGAUACGGAGACUCUGCGAUGUCAGUUCAAGCCGUUGCUUGACCUGGUUCAGAGUCUAUUGGGCGAGCACAAACACGGAAUUUCCCGAUGGAUUCACCACCCUCAUGAUUGCGUCCUAUUUCGGACUGAGAACAGUGGUGAAGUCUUUGUUGGAAACAGAUGGCAGCGACCUGGACACUCGGGACGAUAAAUACGAGCGGUCGGCAUUAUCCUGGGCUGCCGGAAAUGGCUUUGAUGCCGUUGUCAAGCUCUUGGUCAAAGGCGCUGCUAUCAGCCUGAAGGGCCUCAAGUUGCCGUUUAGGAAGCGGGCCAAGGUCGAUUUGGAGGAUCGAGAUGGUCGAACGCCACUAUCGUACGCCGUCUGGAAUGGAAACGUGGCCGUCGUCAAGCUGCUACUUAGGGCCGGGGCCGGGGCCAACCGGGAGGAUCAAAUUGGGGGGACACCGCUAUCUUAUGCCAUAUGUGGCGGGGAUGAGGAGGUGAUCAAACAACUGCUUAAAAAAGGGACACAGGUUGGAGUUAGAUCAGAGGAUAGUAUUAGUAAAGAGCUCUUGCUUUCUGCUGCAAAGAUGGGCCACAGGGGAGUUGUUGAGCUGCUUCUUGAGAAGGGGGCUGAUACUGAGGCAAGGGAUGAAUCUGGUAAGACGCCGCUACAGUGGGCUGCAGAAAACAGCCAGGAAGGUAUUGUCAGGCUGCUUCUUGAGAAGGGGGCUAAUACUGAGGCAAGAGAUAUAUCUGGUAUGACGCUGCUACAGGGGGCUGCUUGGAGGGGCUAUAAAGGUAUUGUCAGGCUGCUUCUUGAGAAGAAGGCUGAUACUGAGGCAAGAGAUGUAUUUGGUCAGACGCCGCUAGGGUUGGCUGCUAAGGAAGGCUAUGAAGACAUUGUCAGGCUGCUUCUUGACAAGGGGGCUGAUACUGAGGCAAGGGAUGAAUCUGGUAAGACGCUGUUACAGUGGGCUGCAGAAAACAGCCAGGAAGGUAUUGUCAGGCUGCUUCUUGAGAAGGGGGCUAAUACUGAGGCAAGAGAUGUAUUUGGUCAGACGCUGCUACAGUGGGCUGCUUGGAGGGGCUAUAAAGACAUUGUCAGGCUGCUUCUUGAGAAGGGGGCUGAUACUGAGGCAAUGGAUAUAUCUGGUAAGAGGCUGCUAUGCUGGGCUGCAAAAAACGGCCAGGAAGGUAUUGUCAGGCUGCUUCUUGAGAAAGGCGCUGAUACUAAGGCAAUGGAUGAAUCUGGUAGGACGCUGCUACGGUGGGCUGCAGAAAACGGCCAGGAAGGUAUUGUCAGGCUGCUUCUUGAGAAGGGGGCUGACAGGGAAAACGUUCUGGAAUAG